CUAUGGAAACGCAAACAUCACUUCGCCCUCUCCACGCGCAGCAACAUCAACCAUCCGCCCUGCCGUCGUUCCUUUUAGUCAGCAACAUCAGAAGCUCGCUUUUCUGCGUCCUUGCAUCAUUCGGAGUUCAGUAUUCGGGAAGAAUUGGGUUCGAAAACUUCAGCAGUCAUGGCGUCACAUGCGGACAGUGCGCACGACCAUUUGGAUCUCGACAUUGGCACAUUACGGCAAUAUGUCGAGCUCUUCCCGACCGACGGGCUUGCAAAAGUCAUUACAGGCUAUCUUAGCAGCGGCAUAUCGAAGUAUCCGCUAGCACAAGAGAAGGGGGAUGCGCCAGAUCUCAGCGAAGGCGGGGUAUCCCUCAGUGUCGAUAUACCUGUAUCACAAGAUGAUUGUCUGGCUUUGAUGACAGAAGGAAUCCUCGAGGCUAGAAAAUCGCUACUCGCACAUGUCCUUCUAAGUGACUUCUACCUUUCUUUAGAAGAAUAUGAAAGUGCAGUUGAGUGUACAAGGAAAGGCUUGAAACUCGCAACAGCAGAAGCCAAGAAGACGGACCUUUCGUUCGAACGCACGCGCGAUGCAUUGAGUAGUACUCUUGCGACAGCACUUGUGUACUACCAGGCGCCGAGGAAUCACUUGGAAGCUAAGCAGAUAUUCCAAGAGAUCCUGAAGCGCAAACCGAGGUUCACAGCUGCGUUGAUCGGCCUUGGCCUGAUUCUUGAGGAGGACGAGGACUACAAGGAAGCCGCAGAGUUCCUGGAGCAAGCCCUCAAGCUGGAUCCCGACAAUGGUCGCAUUGGUGCAGAAGCAGCAUGGUGCCUGGCACUUGCAGGCGAUUAUCAAACCGGACUCGACAAGCUCAGGGGCUACCUAGACCACCCUCAGAUGGACGCAUCCAAGCCGCGAGGCCGAGAGCUAAGGGCACAGACAUUGUAUCGGAUAGCUGUGUGCAUAUGGGAACUUGACUCUUCUAAGGCUGCCCGCAAAGAUCGUCAGGGAGCUUACGCUCAGCUCCUUGCUGCCAUCAAGGCGAACCCGAACCUUGCUCCUGCCUAUACUCUGCUUGGCAUAUUCUACGAAGAGUACAAUAAAGACCGCAGACGAGCCAGGCAAUGUUUCCAGAAGGCCUUUGAGCUUUCACCCUCUGAGAUCGUCGCAGCUGAGCGGUUAGCACGCCUUUUCGCCAAUCAAGGCGAGUGGGACAUCGUCGAAGCCGUCUCGCAGAGAGUCGUCGACUCAGGCAAGGCCAAGUCAACACCUGGAUCAAAGAAAAGGGGCGUCAGCUGGCCAUUCUCGGCGCUGGGUGUUGUUCAGAUGAACAAGCAGGAAUACCAGCAAAGUAUUAUAUCCUUCUUAUCAGCUCUGCGUAUCAGUCCGGAUGACUACUACUCCUAUGUUGGGCUCGGCGAAAGCUAUCACAACUCUGGACGCUACAACUCUGCACAACGCGCUUUCAACUACGCCGAGAAUCCCACUGAUGGUAUAGCUUUCAAGCAGACGGAAGAUGAGAGCUGGUUCACAAAGUACAUGCUUGCGAACGUUAAUCGCGAGCUAAGCGAAUUCGACGAAGCGCUUCAGGGCUACGAAACCGUGUUGGCUCAGCGGUCCCAGGAAUUCGGAGUAUCCCUUGCCCUCAUACAAACUCUAGUGGAGAAGGGAUGGCAUUGUAUAGAGACCGGCUUCUAUGGCGAGGCGAUUGGCAGCGCCAUCCGAGUCAUCGAAGUCGCGAACACAGUCGCAGAAUACAAGCCUGAUGCAUUCAACCUCUGGAAGGCCGUCGGAGACGCCUGCAGUCUGUUCAGCUGGGUACAGGAAAAGCUCGAGAAGUUUCCUACCGCAGAGGUCGAGCGCUUACUGCAGAGUAAGUCAGAUGUCGGAGUGAACUUGGAUGCACACAAGGACCUCGACGGAAUUGGCAAGAACGAUCUUGCAAAUAUCUCGUCAAGCGAAGCGUCGAUCUUGUCAAGGGUGCUGAAAGCUUCAAUCCUCGCCCAAAAGCGCGCAAUUGCCAGUUGCGAACAUGACAUUCACGCACAAGCCGUAGCAUGGUACAACCUUGGCUGGGCUGAGUACCGCGCCCAUGUCUGCUUGGAACAAGAAGAGGAUGAUGGACAGAAUCUCACGACUUUCUUGCGAGCAGCAAUGAAGUGCUUCAAGCGUGCCAUUGAGCUUGAGGCUGGCAACUCUGAGUUCUGGAACUCCCUUGGGGUGAUCACUACCACGCUCAGCCCCAAGGUCGCUCAACAUGCCUUCGUCCGGUCGCUGCAUCUUGACGAUCGCAAUGUCCGCGUCUGGACAAAUCUUGGCACACUCUACCUGCUGCAGAACGAUUUGCAGCUAGCUGAUACAGCGUUUGGUCGCGCACAGGCGCAAGACCCUGACUAUGCCUUGGCUUGGGUCGGCGUGGGCUUGGUCGCGUUGCUGAGUGGCAAGGAGAGCGACGCCUUCGCUCACUUCACGCAUGCGUUCGAGUUGUCUGACUCAUCAUUGCUCCUAACCAAGCGGCAGUACGCUGUCUCCGCCUUUGAUCACAUCGUUUCAUCACCCUCUUCGUCGAGCGCAGUCGUCGACUUGAUCCAGCCUCUGUUCGCUCUUCAACAACUGAACCGUCAAGCGCCAUAUGACCUGUCGCACAAGCAUCUUGCAGCGCUGUUUUUGGAACGAGUCGGCAAUUACGAUGCGUCUGUGUCGGCUCUUCAGACUGUGUCUGAGGCUGCCGAGCAGGAGUAUGAGAGGUCGGAGGCUACAUCUGCGCUUGCGCGUAUAGUACAAGCGAAGACCGACCUUGCACGUAAUCAACUGGCACUGGGUGCUAACGAGCCUGCCAUAGAAGAGGCUGAGACUGCUUUGGAUCUUCUCGGCGAGCUCGAAGGUGAUGCUAGCCAUUCCAUCCUGUCCGCUGAGCAACUUGACAAAAUUCGUCUAUCUGCUCGUCUCACAGCUGGUCUCGCACACUACUUCAACGGUGCACUCGAUGCUGCGUUGCCAUAUUUCCGCACAUCUCUUGAGGCCACUGGCUCCCAUCCCGACAUCAUCUGCCUUCUGGCUGAGGUGCUAUGGGCGAAGGGUGGUGAGAACGAGAGACAAGUUGCGCGCGAACAACUGUUCGCGGCAUCAGAGAAGUAUGAAUCACACGUGGGUAUUCUGACCCUUAUUGGCGCAAUGACCGUUCUGAACGACGACCUCGAGACCAUGGAGGUUAUCAAGGACGACCUCGACCGCCUACGCACUAACAAGGACCUCAGCGAUGAGCAACUCGUACGCAUUGAAAAGGUGGUAGAGGCCAUCUCUAUCAGUCUCGGUGGCGAGGAGCAGGAACUCGAUGAAGCCCGUCGAAGCGUGAUGCUCACGCCUUGGAAGCACAUGGGCUGGUCCGAACUGGCCGAUGCUGCUGGUGGCGAUUUGUUCGCCAGUACGCUUGCCAAGGAGAAUGCGAGGAGGAAUGCGCCACCGAAUGGCACGCUUGGCGCUGUUGGUCUUGCUGGUGCAAUGGCUGCUACUGGUGAUGCGAGUGACGCACAGAGAGCCAUUGUGCUUGCACCAUGGAGGAAGGAAGGAUGGUCUGGAAUGAUCGAGUGCAUGCAAAUCGCAUAAGGCUCAAGGAUUGUAAGAGCUCUGCGAAUAUUGGUGUCGAUA